AUAAAGUCCUCUACUCUCAUAGUCUCAUCUCAUCUGAUCACAGAAUUAUUUGUUCACGAGUUUCUUCAUCUCAAAAAUCGAAAGAAAACAAGCAAAUCAAAUCAAAAACAAAGAAAGAAAGAUGUUGGCUGUGUUUGAGAAAACAGUAGCUAAAAGCCCUGAAGGCUUACAAACCCCACAACAACAAGAAUCACCAGCUUUAAAUGCACUCAAAGAUGGUCUUUUGGCUAAACACUUUUCAUCUCUUCAUCCUUCUGCUGUUACUAUCAAUCUUGGUCAAUCUGGCUGCAUCUCUUACUCUGUUGAUAAACAAAACCCUCUUUUGCCAAGAUUGUUUGCUGUUGUGGACGACAUAUUCUGCUUGUUCCAAGGUCAUGUUGAGAAUGUUGCGCCCUUAAAGCAACAAUAUGGACUGGGCAAGACAGCAAACGAAGUUAUAAUUGUUAUUGAGGCAUACAGAACACUGAGGGAUAGAGGUCCUUACCCUGCAGACCAAGUUGUGAGAGACCUUCAAGGAAAAUUCGCUUUUAUUCUCUAUGACAGCACUUCAAAGUCCACUUUCAUUGCUGCCGAUGUUGAUGGCAGCGUGCCAUUUUUUUGGGGAACUGAUUCAGAAGAACAUCUGGUCCUCUCUGAUGAUGUCGAAACUAUUAAGAAGGGCUGUGGGAAAUCCUUUGCAGCAUUCCCAAAAGGAUGUUUCUUCACAACAUCUGGAGGGUUGAGGAGCUUUGAGCAUCCCUUCAAUGAACUAAAGGCGGUGCCUAGAGUAGACAGUUCAGGAGAGAUGUGUGGUGCAAACUUUAAGGUGGAUGCUGAAUCCAAAAAAGAGUCGGGAAUGCCCAGAGUUGGGAGUGCUGCUAAUUGGUCUCAACACUACUGAAGUGAAUCUUGACUUGGGACAAAAGACUUUAUUUUUGUACCCAAUUUAUGUGUGUUUUCUAUUGACUUCCUAAUGUGAUACCCUAUCUUGGGCUAUGAGAUAAUAUUAUAUUACCAGAAAGAAUGUGUAUGCAACCUCUAUUUACUUUAGAUGGAAUAUGAGGUGUGUAUUUUUGUUAAAAGAAUUGCAUGUUCUUAUGAGAAAGCAAACACUGGGAAAUAAAAACAACUUUUAGACAUUA